AUGUCGGUCCCUAUACGCGUUGACACAAGUGGAACUCGUCAGCCCACUGCUGUGCCCAUAGUCGCUGGAAAAGGCUACAGCACCCUAGGCGGAAAAUCUGCCUCCUCGUCGUCGUGGAUCAAUAAAUCGCACGAUGAUGAUCUCUUUAGUCGCUUCGAUGACUCCCUCGUGAGUGCACGACGCUCUGACAGCGAGCGUUGGUUCGAGGACAUGCGCCGGCGUUUCGAUGAACGGCGUCGGCAGUGGGAUGCCGAGAUGCGUGAGAUGCGCUCAUCGUUUUUCAACACACCUGCCUUUCCACUCAGCAGACCCGAGAUCCUAACCUCGGCCUCCAGCCAUCACCACUCUCCACCUUCAACCGCCGAGGAUUGUCCUGUUGUCACCAGCUACGAGCGUGGGGUGGACGGAAAUCUGCACUUUCUAGCGCAAUUCGAUGUUCAACCCUUCCACCAGGAUGAUGUCCAUGUCACGGUGCGUGACAGUCAGAUAGUCGUGACAGCAGUUAGAGAGCAGCGCAUCGGUACCAGCUCCACCUCGAAACAGGUGACCAGAACUGUGGAUCUGCCCAGAGGAGCCCAAGAAUCCCUCAUAACAGCCUCAAUCAGCGCUGAUAAUGUUUUGCUCGUUGACGUGCCAGUUGGAUCAACCACUCAAAGCCUUUCAUUCAAUACCACCCCAGGCAGCAGUGGAACAAGUGGACUGACGACGCCUUCGACUCUAUCUGGCACUGGACGCAGCAGUCACCUUUCAUCAAGAGCGUCACCAGCUCCAUCAUUUUUGAGUACUCAGACAAGACCCAGGUUUCAUGUCGAAAUUCCAGUGGGAAGUGAUUACAAGCCAGAGGAGAUUCAAAUACGAACUCUGAACAAUCGCGCUUACGUAAGCGCGCGGCAUGAGGAAAGACGGUCCAAUCGGAGUACCUUUCGUGAGUUCUCAAAGGAAUACGACAUUCCAGAUCAUAUUGACCCCAAGUCCAUCCGUGCUCGGCUGGAGUAUGGGGUCUUGCAUUUGGAGGGUUCUGCAUUGUCAUGA